ACGUGCAAACUGACAGCAUGAUCGUAAAGAUGGUGGCGCCUUUUCCCGACGUUUCGCACGCUGACUGGCUUGCGUUCUUGCAGACGUCGGCCGUUGCGACGCUCCUGCCGCUGCUGCUGCUUUUAGCUGGCAAAUGGGGCGCUUUCGAUAGGAUUGUCUUGCGCAAGGCGCUUCACAUAGGCAUGGGCGCUGUCUUCAUGCUGCACUGGCCGCUGUACAGCAAUGCUCCGUACGUGCCGUACCUCUGUGCCUCCAUACCCCUGGCUGCAACCCUGGUGUUUGCGCUCGUGGGUCUGGGCUUGGUGCCCGGAGGACCGCUGGUCCGGGGCGCGACGCGCUCCGGGCGGCGCCAGGAGCUGCUGGCGGGCCCCCUGCUGUACGGCGCCGUGCAGGUGCUGCUGACGUCAGCCUUCUGGAGGAGCUCGCCCUCGGGGGUGGCGGCGCUGGCGAUACUGUGUUUUGGGGACGGUACGGCGGAGCUGGUGGGGCGGUACGGCAGGCGGCGGCUCUGGCACAAUCCCCGCAAGACCUGGGCCGGCAGCGCAGCCUGCCUUAUAGCGGGUGCAGCCGCCGCCGUCGCCUACACGCUCCUCUUUCGCCGUCUGGGCUCCUUCCAGCGCCCCCUGCCCACGUGGCAGCUGCUGUACGGCUGUACGGCAGCGGCGGCGGUGGCGGCGGCGGUGGAGUCGCUGCCGCUGGGGGCGGACAACCUGACGGUGCCGCUGGCGGCGGCAGCAACGGGGGUGGCGGUGUUUGGGUUCUAGUGUGGGUUGUUUGGAUUCUAAGUAGGAAGUGUGCAUGGGGGGUGGUUCCGUACGAGGACUGUGUCGUACGGGCUGGUGGGGGCAGUCAAUGGAUGUGCGUGUUGUUGCGACUUGCGAGAGAUGCGGGUGGGGCGGAGUGGUAUUGAGGUCGGUCUAUUGAGGUGUCUGGGGUAGCGUACUUGUGUGUGGGGGGGAGGGGGUCGGUGAUUUGGACACGCUUACGGUGUGCAGGCGCAGCUGCGCGGGGCCGUCACCUGGCUUGCACUACCUCUGCUAGCAGUACUUCUUACAGAGUGCACGUGGCCACAGGAUGGGAGACAGAGAAGCGACCUAUCUAUGGCAUCGGGACGGAACUCCACCUAUCUAUGGCAUCGGAGGGUACUUCACGAUGUUGGACGUGGCCCCAACUGACAGCGGCCCUACGGCAACCGAACGAGAGCUAAUACUUCUGCGGCCUGUGCGCGUGACAUGAAACGUCC